GAGGUAGUGAUCCGUCUCUUUGGCGCGCUGCCUGCGUGCCCCUGCAGAGUGUGCGUGCUGGCGCAAAGCGCGGCCUUCCGCUCUGUGCUCGUCCUCAUCAACAACAACAACACCGGACAAAGUGUCUACUGGCUGCCGGUGCGCUGACACACCCAGAGGAACACGCUGAAACCGGCCCGCUGUGACGAUGGCGGAGACGGUGAAGUACGUGGACGAUGAACAUAAGAGCAUCUUCUUGAAGCUGCUGAACGAACAGCGACUGGAGGGCGAACACUGCGACAUCGCCGUGGUAGUGGAAGACGUCAAGUUCCGUGCUCACCGCUGUGUGCUCGCCGCCUGCUCCAACUACUUCAAAAAACUCUUUAAAAAACAUGAGGUACUUUUUAAUACACACACACGUACAUUUACAAAUACAAGAUACAAAUACUUAAAAAUUCUUCAAAAGUGUGAAUUAUCUCCAAAUACGAAACACGAGAAGCUUCAUUCAGCAGAGCGCCCGUUCGCCUGUGAGAUCUGCACCAAAGCUUUUACCACCCACGCUCACCUGAAAGAACACCUGAAGAUCCACACAGGCUUCAAACCGUACAGGUGUGACGUUUGUGGGAAAUCGUUCAUACGAGCUCCAGACCUGAAAAAACACGAACGAGUUCACAGCAACGAGAGACCGUUCGCCUGCCAGAUGUGUGACAAGGCAUUCAAACACAAGUCCCACCUAAAGGAUCAUGAGAGGAGACAUAGAGGAGAGAAACCGUUCGUCUGUCCGUCCUGCACCAAGGCCUUCGCCAAGGCAUCAGAUCUGAAGCGUCAUGAGAACAACAUGCACAGUGAGAGGAAACAGCUGAAUCCAAUGCAGAGCGAUACAGAAACACUGCAGGCUGCCGCCAUGGCUGCAGAGGAACAACAUCUGGAUGGCAUCAGCUGCUCCUAACAUCUGGACACAUCAGCUGCUGCUCCUAACAUCUGGACAGCAACAGCUGCUGCUCCUAACAUCUGGACACAUCGGCUGCUGCUCCUAACAUCUGGACACGUCAGCUGCUGCUCCUAACAUCUGGACACGUCAGCUGCUGCUCCUAACAUCUGGACACAUCAGCUGCUGCUCCUAACAUCUGGAUAGUGUCACUGUAUUCGGGGUGCUUUGACUGUAUCUUCAUUGAUUCUUUGAUGUAAACAGAGUUGAAGUCGUGGGUUUGUAUGAUUUUUUUUUUUCCUGAACCUGAUGUGACUUUAACUUGAACUGAUGACCUCAGCGAUCAUGUGAUGAACAUGUUAAACAUGGACACCUCCGUGUCCUCUGGCUUCAUGUAUGAUUUGUAAUGUCUGUACAGAAAGGCUCCAUUUUGUGUCGUUGUAUAUAAAAUAGUUCUGUUCAGUUUCAUGAGCAGAGCGACUGUUUUUAAAC